CCUUCCAGUCUUUCACCAUGCUUUCCAUACCCUCUCUCUCUUCUCUUCCCCCGAGUUCUUCCAAGGAGGAGAACAAGAAGAGCUCCGGAGAAACACUGAAGGAAGCAUUCGCAUGGCGAACUGGGCUGUGGUCGUCACGCUGCUACUGUCGGCAGUUGCCGUCGGUGAAGGAUGCGGCGGCGGGGCCGCAUGUUCAGCUGUCCCGUCGACGCUUGACGGGCCCUUCGCGCCAGUGACGGUGAGGCUUGACGACGAGGCUUUUCGAGGUGAAGCCGUUGACUUACCGGAAACCGAUCCGCGGGUGGUCAGGCGGGUGAGGGGUUUCGAGCCGGAGCAGAUUUCUGUGUCCCUCUCCGCUACCGCCGAUUCCGUCUGGAUAUCUUGGGUCACAGGUGAUUACCAAAUGGGUAAUGACAUUCAACCUUUGGAUCCUGCAAAGGUUGCAAGUAUCGUUCGUUAUGGAAGAUUGCGCCAUCACUUAGCUUGGAAAGCUACGGGCCAUUCACUUGUUUAUAGUCAGAUUUAUCCAUUCAAAGGCAUGCAGAAUUACACAUCUGGAAUAAUCCACCAUGUUCGCCUUACAGGACUUGAGCCAAGUACCCGUUAUUUCUAUCGGUGUGGAGACCCUUCAAUACCAGCAUUGAGUACCACACAUGAGUUCAGAACAAUGCCCGUUUCAGGUCCUAAGAGCUAUCCAAAAAGAAUUGCAGUUGUCGGGGAUCUUGGCCUUACUUAUAAUACAACUUCAACAGUGGAUCAUAUGAAAAGUAACAAACCUGAUCUGAUCUUAUUGUUGGGGGAUGUUACUUAUGCGAACUUGUAUUUAACAAAUGGAACUGGGUCAAAGUGCUACUCUUGCUCAUUUCCAAAUACCCCAAUACAUGAGUCCUACCAACCUAGGUGGGACUACUGGGCAAGGUUUAUGGAACCUACAGUGUCAAAAAUUCCAAUAAUGGUGAUAGAAGGAAACCAUGAGGAAGAAGAACAGGUGGGCGACAAGACUUUUGAAGCUUAUAGUUCAAGAUUUGCAUUCCCAAAUAAAGAAAGUGGAUCAGACUCCACAUUUUACUACUCCUUCAAGGCUGGAGGAAUACAUUUUGUCAUGCUUGGUGCAUACAUUUCCUACAAUAAGUCAGGAGAUCAGUACAAGUGGCUGCUAAGGGAUUUGGCAUCUGUAGAUAGAAGAGUUACCCCUUGGUUGAUUGCAACUUGGCAUCCACCCUGGUAUAGUACAUAUAAAGCCCAUUAUAGGGAGGUGGAGUGCAUGAGGGUGGAAAUGGAAGAACUACUAUACUCAUAUGGUGUUGACAUUGUCUUCAAUGGUCAUGUGCAUGCUUACGAGAGAUCAAAUCGGGUUUAUAACUACACAUUGGAUCCUUGUGCUCCCAUUCACAUUAUGGUUGGAGAUGGCGGAAACCGGGAGAAGAUGGCAGUAAAUCAUGCAGAUGACCCUGGCCACUGCCCUGAUCCAGCAACAACCCCAGAUGAUAUGGGUGGCUUCUGCGCCUUUAACUUCACAAGUGGACCAGCUGAGGGCAAGUUCUGCUGGGACCAUCAACCUGAUUACAGUGCUUAUAGAGAAAGUAGCUUUGGUCAUGGAAUUUUAGAGGUGAAAAAUGAGACUCACGCAUUGUGGACAUGGCACCGAAAUCAGGAUUCAUAUAAAAGCAUUGGUGAUCAGCUCUAUAUAGUCAGGCAGCCGCACAAGUGCCCCAUCCUACCAAAUUCAGCUACGAAAAUGAACUUAUUUUGAUCAAACAUUUUUGAAAAUUUCUUCCAUUUUCAGUCUACGUAGUGAUUCAAACCUAGAACGAUUUUAGUGGCAGCAGUUCCAAUUUCAGAGAAAUUAAGCAAGAGGGGGACGGAUAGACUUUUCUACCACACAUUACAGUAGUCCUGUAGGUUUUUGGUACUGAUGCUUUGUAUAAAUGGAUGAGGCUGCAGUGGUGAAAAUUCUAAUAGCGAUUGCUGUGCAGAAAAUGGAUUUCGUUAGAGCUUUAAAACUGAAGAAAACUAAGAACAGAACGUUGGCUUCUCUUGGAUGCACAUUCUUGUUAAAAAAAUAACUACGAACAGAACGUUGGCUGCAUCUCAUUAAUGAUUAGUUUGUGACAUUUUUCUUA